AUGGCCGUCAGCCCUGUCAUCAUCUGCCUCUUGUCACUGAUCGGCUAUGGCUCUUCCCACCCCUCUCCACCUCCUCCUCGGGGAUGCAGUGUGGAUGUGGAACCUCCAUACAGAGUGCUGUGUGACCUGGAGUCAGUCUGGGGUGUGGUUCUGGAGGCCGUGGCCUGCAGCGGUGGCCUCGCCUCUCUGGUCCUCGCUGUGCUCCUACUAGUCAAGCUGCGCUCCAUUUCUGACCACGCCAGGCGCUCCGGCGUGGGGCCUCUUCUCCUGCUCCUUGGCACGCUCCUCGGGAUCUUCUCCAUCUCUCUGGCUUUCCUGGUGGGGAAGAACCAGGUGCUCUGUGUGAUCCGCAGGGCCUUCUGGGGGCCACUUUUUGCCCUCUGCUUCUCCAGCUUGCUAGUGCAGGGUGUGCGACUCAGGAGGCUGGUGGCUGGCAAGACGAGCCCAUCGGGCAGCUCCCUGGCAGCGCUCGGUCUGGCCUUGGCCUUGGUUCAGGGGAUCAUCUCUGCUGAAUGGGUCUUGCUGACUGUAGUUAGGGAGGGUCACCCGGCCUGCGAAUAUCCACCUUUAGACUUUGCUCUGACAUGCAGCUACACCCUGGGGCUGCUCCUCAUAGCCAUGGGGCUUUCUCUGGGGGUGGUGCUGUGUGGAGGAGAGAUGAUGGCAGAGGGAGCAGGUGGGAGUGAAGAAGAUAGAGAAGGAGGUAGUGAAAAACGCAGAUGGAAGUGUAACGCUGUCUGGCUCUUUCUGUCCAGUCUGGCAUCGGCAUUGCUAUGGGUGGCUUGGCUGGGGUUUUAUCUUUAUGGAGGAGGAGGAGCAAAGAAGGAUGUAAAGGUGUUGGAUGAGCCUGCACUGGCGGUGGCCCUGGUCAUUCAGGGCUGGAUCCUGCUGCUGUUCCACGCUAUUCCAGAGGCGCACCUGUGUCUCCGGAACCCUCCACAAUCCAACACGCAAGACUUCUUCGACACCACUCACACGUCCCCUCCUCCACAUUUCGGAGAUGAGAUUCCAACGCAUUCUCACCGACCCUUCCCUGAAAACCAAGCUUUUUCUAUGGAGGAGCACGGUGCAACUCUCCGAAGUGGAACAUACCACAGCAGCCAUGGGAGUGUGCGUCCUGGCAUCGCCUUCAGAGGUCACGUCUACCAACCCACUGAGAUGGCUCUGGUCAUGAAUGGUGGAACAAUGCCCACAGCCCCAGUCAACUACACUGGCCGACGGUUAUGGUGAUAUAGUACAAGACUUGAAGAGGAUACACUGGUGUAAC